UAAAGCUCCCACUACCAAUCCCCCUCCAUUCUUUAACACCCCAAGAAUAUUUGGCCAACAAAGUCCCCUACAACUUAAGUCUUAAGUCACAAGAUCUACAAAGAAGAUAUCAGAAAUUUAAGAUGAUCCAAGAACUGUUUGGCGGUGCAGGCCUUAGUAACAUAGCAGGAGGAGGAGAGAGGAAAUUAAUCUCCAUUCAUGGUGGUACAACUUCUUCUCCUUCUCUUUCUCCUUCACAAUCUCCUUCUUCUUCCACAACUACUACAACCACCGCGACCGCCACGACGACUACGACUACAGGUGAGAACUUGAGAUGCCCGAGAUGCGAUUCUUCCAACACCAAAUUCUGCUACUACAACAACUACAACCUUACUCAGCCCCGCCACUUCUGCAAGACCUGCCGCCGCUACUGGACAAAAGGAGGAGCUCUCCGGAAUGUCCCAAUUGGCGGUGGCUGCAGAAAAAACAAGAGUGCUACCGUGUCAACGACUCCCAUAGGCAAGGCCGCCUCGGGGAAGUUGAAAAUGGUGGCAUCGGAAAUUGGAAGGUCAGGAUUCAGCGGGGGGUUCGACAACGAUGUCCAAGCAAGCCCAAUACUAUGGGGCUCCCCUCAGAAUUCUCAUUUACUAGCCCUACUAAGAGCCAGUCAUCAAAAUCAAAACCCUAACCCUAACCCUAAUCCUGUAUGCAAUUCUGUAAAUGUGAAGGAAGAGGGGGCUAUGAAUAUGAUUGGAUCCCACAUGAUGACCACUGAGCCAGCAAUGAGCACUGCUCGAACUCUGGGGUUGGAUCCAGUGUGCCAGGCUCCUUCACUUGGUCUGUGCAGCUCUUUCUGGAGAAACAACAACCAAAAUCAACAGCCUCCACACCACCACAACCAACAAAACGGCUUCCCAGUUGGUCAUGAGGUGCAAAGCAAUAUUGGAAUUCAAGAACUGUUUCAGAGGCUAAGAUCAUCGUCGUCGUCAUCAUCAGGAGGUUAUUAUUCUGAUCAUUUAAAUAAUGUGGUUAUGUCAUCUUCUUCUUCUACAUCCUCCAUUUUGGAUUCAACUCCGGCUGUUGGUGGCGGCGAAAUGGGCUACUGGAACCCGGCAUUUACAGCCUGGUCGUCAGAUCUUCCCACAACCAACGGUGCAUAUCAUUAAGCCUUUUGUUAAGGGGAUUUUUAAAUUUGUGUUAGCUAGCUAGGUUCUUUUUUUUACUUUU